GUCGGGCAGGGUGCGUCCGGACAUGUGUACGUCGCGAAGACCCACGCGACUGGCAAGAAGGUCGCCAUCAAGGAGAUGGACCUGUCGAACCAGCCGCGCAAGGAGCUCAUCGUGAACGAGAUCCUGGUGAUGAAGGAGUCGCAGCACCCGAACAUCGUCAACUUCCUCGACGCGUACCUCAUCCGCAACAACGAGCUUUGGGUGGUCAUGGAGUACAUGGAGGGAGGUGCGCUCACGGACAUCAUUGAGAACAACACGCUCGAGGAGGACCAGAUCUCGAGCAUCUGCCUGGAGACGUGCAAGGGUCUUGGCCAUCUGCACAGCCAGUCAAUCAUUCACCGUGACAUCAAGUCGGAUAACGUUCUGCUGGAUGCUCAGGGCCACGUCAAGAUUACCGAUUUCGGUUUCUGCGCGAAGCUCACGGACCAGAAGUCGAAGCGCGCGACGAUGGUGGGAACCCCGUACUGGAUGGCGCCCGAGGUCGUCAAGCAAAAGGAGUACGGCGCGAAGGUCGACAUCUGGUCACUCGGUAUCAUGGCGAUCGAGAUGAUCGAGAAUGAGCCGCCGUACCUCGACGAGGAGCCGCUCAAGGCGCUCUACCUGAUCGCGACCAACGGCACGCCGACGCUGAAGAAGCCCGAGACGCUGUCGAAGGAACUCAAGGGUUUCCUGAGCGUGUGCUUGUGUGUAGACGUGAAGAGCCGUGCGACUGCGGAUGAGCUGCUGCAGCAUGACUUCUUAAAGAAGGCUUGUGCUAUGUCCGGGCUUGCGCCCCUGCUCCGCUUCAGGAAUAAGCAGGCAUCAUGA